CUUAGCUAGUGGGCCCUGGCCCCAGGCUGCCUCAGGAAGCGAGGCACAUGAGGUCUGCUAAGGGCAUGGCAAGUAGAACCUGGCCCUGUGUGAGGUGAGGCUUGGUUGCCAGGUGACUGUCCCAAGGCAGCCACCCCACUGUCUGAAGCACUCUGCUUGCUGUGCUGAGCCCUCAGCUGCAGCCACCGGGGUACCACUCCUUCCCUUGCCACCAUGUUGAGGCAGCUUAACAUGGACACACUGCGGCAAAACUUCUGGAAGGAGGAAUAUCUGAGGGAGAAGAUGGUGCGCUGUGAAUGGCACCGCAAGCAUGGGUCGAUGGUGAAGGCCAAGCAGAAGGCUAAGGCUGCAGCCCGCCUGCCCCUCAAGCUGCCCACCCUGUACCCCAAAGCCCCACGCUCACCCACACCUGCCCCGCAAGCAGUCCCUUCCAAGGCCCCCAGCCCUGUCCUGGAGGCUCCUUUUCAGUCAGAAAUGUACCCAGUCCUGCCUACUACCCGGGCCCUGCUGUAUGAAGGCAUCUCCCACGACCUCCAGGGGCGCUACCACUACCUUAACACCCGAAAACUGGACAUGCCGGAGACACGCUACCUCUUCCCCAUCACCACCAACUUCACAUAUGGCUGGCAGCUAGGGACCCUGAGGGAGAAGUCGGGAGCACCUUUCUAGCAAAAGCAGGAGGCAAGCCCCAGAAGGGCAGCAGAAGGUAGAAGGAAGCCCCAUCUCUCCUGUGUGUUCCUGUGACAAGCAGGGCUGGGUGUCCCCACACUGCCUGGUAGAGGAUCCUGAAGCUAGGGGUGAUGGGUAAUGAUGGCAGACAGCUGCCUGUCUUUCUGCUGUCACUGCUGUAGCCAGGCAUCCAGCCAACCGCCCGUAUUCUCCCACAGCCCUCAUGCCUC